GGUUGUGAUUCCUUGGCCCAGACGCAACGCACCAGGCUGCAACACCGCCGUGCAAGAAUCAACCAGCAGAUCAACAAAGAGAUGAGGAUGAGAACCGGCGCAGAGAAUCUGUUCAGGGCCACCCGCAACCACAAAGUCAAGGAGACGGUUGCUCUGGAACUCAGCUACGUCAACUCCAACCUGCAGCUGCUCAAGGAGGAACUGGAAGAACUGAACAGCUGCAUGGAAGUCUACCAGAACGACAGUGACUCAGUUAGCGUCCCAAUGAUCCCGCUGGGGUUGAAGGAGACCAAGGAACUGGACUGGGCAUCUCCUCUGAAGGCCGUGAUUAAAGACCACUACAACGAAGAGGAAGACUCCUACAAGGAGGAGCUGAAAGCCCUUGUGGAUUUACGCCAGGCCAUGCGGGCACCCAGCCGGAACAAGGCGGGACUUGAACUGCUGACGGAAUAUUACAGCCAGCUCCACUUCCUCGACAACCGCUUCUUCUCGCCCAGUAACAACCUGGGACUUUUCUUCCAUUGGUACGAUUCGCUGACCGGGGUGCCUUCCCACCAGCAGGCCCUGGCGUUCGAGAAAGGAAGCGUGCUCUUCAACAUCGGCGCUCUGCACACCCAGAUCGCAGCCCGCCAGGACCGCACCACUCUGCAGGGGGUGGACUGCGCCAUCGAAGCUUUCCAGAAGGCCUCUG